UUGAAAGUUCUCUGACUCAUAAACCCAACACGGGGAUGUUUUGAUGGGAAUUUGAUGGCGAAGUGAACGACGGACGUUUUCAAAAUAUUGUUGUCACGGCUCAUUGGAUUUUAAUGGUUUAUUCUGACAAAACUUAUCACAUCAGUUGGCACUUGCAAUCAUGAUCGUACCUACGGGUUAUCUAUCGGAUGAUGGGUUUUACAGAUAACAGGUAAUGACCUCGUUAUGUUGUUGAAAAACAUUGUCAGUUGUGGCGCAUUAGGGCUGCAGAGGUCAGGCCUGUUAGUUAGUGAACUGUCCUCUGUACCUGCUGAACAGGUCAAAGUCGGACUUCUUUGAACUAAUACCUCGACUGUAAUUCAUUGGAAAAAGGUUAUCCCGAAGCCACAGGCCGUUGGAUGAUCUAAUGUCAAUAUUUGCUCUGUUUACUGACAGGAUCUUCAAAUCGUGAGUAGUUUAUCAAUUAACAUAUUCGGGAUAAACUUUGACCAAAGCCGUGAAAUGAGGAAGAUCUCCAACAAAAACGUAUACAAAUUUGAACAACGCCCGGGAGUCGGUACCUCGCUGGUUGGUCGACGAUGCAAAGGUUGCGGCAACAGCUGACGAGGUUGAAAGCGUGUCGUCUGCCUUACCGGACCUCUCACACACGCGCUCAAUGUUUGGAAACACAACACAACAGGAGAGGUUGAUAUGAGAGGAGGGACGAUGAGCCGUUCAAACUUUUGUGAGUUACAUGACGUUUGUGUGUGAAGUGCCAUCCGUGGCGAGAUGUUGGCGAGAAGAUGGACCGCCGGGUUGGCCAUUCACAGUGUUCAAAUUGUCGUCUGCUUUUCACUGGAGGUUUGAAUUUCAUUGAUCAGGAUAAGUCUAAAGAGUCGAUGUCGGAUUAACGUCAGAACAUCAUAAUGGAUCUCGUUCUGUUUCAAUAAGGUUUCUUUGAAAUAGAUUUGGAAUAUUGGCUCAGUUUCCAAGUAAUGCCAAUUUAAUGAAUAUUCACCUGUACGAUUCGUCAUGUGUGUAUGGAGCUUAAAUGUCUUUGCGAUUUAUGGAUCUUAUCAAGAUUGGAUGUUAAUGAGCUCAGUGGACGCUUGGAUAUAAAAGCACUUCAAUUUGGUGUUGGUCAGUUACCUGGUUACCUUGACAACCUAAUAUCACGGUGAUCCCCCUUUCCUCUUCCCCACCCUCCCGACAGCUUCAUCAUCGAUAGCCUCUCAAUCACGAGUCAAUUGGUUCGGCUGAGUUCACAGUAUUGUCACACGUUACUGUAAUGUUCUGUGUUCUAGCCGCUGCAUUCGAUCGGAUUACAACCGCUUUUGUGAUUUACUCUGGCGUCCUAUUCUGUUAGGAUUGGCGUUACAUUCGGGACUAGCGUUCUGCACUUCGCACAAUGGAUGUUUUCACACACACAGUCCCAGUCUUUACAUACAAUACCGUCCCCAAACAACCAGCAUCUUAACACAACGGAUAUGUUUCUGGUUCUGGGAGCAGACGACAGUUGAGUUCCAAUGCUGGGCUUGCUGAACCGAAAACAGGAGCCCGCUGACAAGGAUGUAGGGGCUCCCCCCAUUACCCCACGUCUGUCGUGGGCGGCGGACUAUCCCUCCCCCCGCUCUAAUGGGCCGAGAAAGACCCUGGGGGCGGAGCUGACCAACGGGACCCCACCUCGACCCCGUCACCCGCUAAAAGCACCCACCCCUGUCCGAUUUACCGUUGGAGGCCCGUGGGCGCUUAAAGAAUGCGAGGAACACACAACCUGGGUAAACGAGACCCUCAGGAAAGCAAAACUCCCACUAAUCGACGAUCUGAGACGGGCUGUUUCGGAUGGAAUAACCUUGGUGCGCCUGUUAGGAGCUCUAGAACGAUCACCAGUACCAGGCGCUGAGACUGACCGCUCGCUGACCAGGUCGGAGGUGUUGGUCAACCUAUACCGGUGUCUGUCCUUUCUCGCUGACCGGCAGGUGGACACCGCUGGACUAGACGCUGAAGAUUUAGCAAAUGGGGACUUAAGAUCGACGCUUGUGUUACUGGGUAACAUUAGAAAGAAUUAUGAUAGUGGGUACGGGACCCGAUCCGAGGGAGACGGAGGGUUGAGUUCCCCGAAUCAGGAGUCUGACAACGCCCCCUGGCUCAACAUGCCGGGGAGGCUGACAGUCGAGGGGGGACAGAGUCGAGGGCCACCCCCACCCAUCAAAAAAGACAAGCCCCUCCCCCCACAGCGGAGGUCAGCGUUCGGCGCCCCCGUCCCUGCAGCAGGCAUCCCGGGGAUGAUAGGAAGAGAGGAGGGAGAGCCACGCCCGGUCACAGCUCACAAUAUAGUUUCGACGACGGAGUUGAGCAGCAAUGGCGUGUCACAGUUCGGUGUGGAGGAGAGGCGCCAAUUCAUGUCUGGCAACCCCUUCCUCCCCACAUCUAGGGGGCAGGGACAUGCCAACUGGGAGGGGGGUCGUGUGGGGCAGGACAGGCCCCCUCAAGCCGUCAGCGCGUGGAGCUCGGGUGGCCAAUACAAUGCACAGCCCCCAAGUCACUUUACCCCUCCCGUCAGUGUGGAGGAUAGAUUGAAAAAUCUGAUAGACAACAAACCUCAUGCCGCUAGACCCGCUCCUCAUCAUGAAGAGGGUGAGUUGCUAGUGCCUCCUGCCCCCUCGCCCCGGGGAUAUGACGAGACCGUCAACAGCGGGUACUACCGGGGAUCCUACCCUGGGCCGGGGCCCCAAACCCCAGGCUACAGCCACCCUGGUCAGGGCAGGCUCCAUGGUCACAGUGUGGGUUAUGUGCCUUCCAAACCUUCUGAGAGACGUCUUGGUUCCCGGGUAGACAGCAUUAUCGACAACAGCAAGGCCAAGCUACCCCCUCCCUACCCCAAGCCCACCCCGUCUCCCCGUCAGCAGUAUGAGAACCCCGCCUUCACCCCAGACGAGCAACCUGUCAAACAAGGUGUGUCCAGUGCCCGUCCAGUUAAAGUCGGAGGGGAUGACCUACGUUCUGCCUGGAACCGACUGUAUGGCGCGCCCGAGUGGAGACCCGCAAGCAACCAGCCCUCGUCACAGAACCCGGCCAACUCCUACUACGGUGUAUUCACAAUGGGACCAACGCAAAAAGAAAAGCAACAGGAACAUCAUCAACAACAGCAGUAUCAACAGCAACAACAGCAGCAACAACAUCAGGAACAUCAGCAUAAACAACGAAAGUCAAGUCUGGACCAGUUGAGUACCACCGUCAGAAUUAGCCCUACUGGUCAAAGUUCAAGUACUCAAGGUCAACAAUCAGGGUCAAAUUCAAGCUCCUUUUCGGGAAAGAACACGGGCUUCAGCACGUUCAAGCCAGAAGACGAUGACGAUGACAACGCCGAUGAAAUGAGAGACGACACCGUUGACAGCAACCGGGACGCCAUGUCCGAACAGGCACUGGGACCCUCUGCCAAAUAUCCCGACCAACCAGGAAGUCGUCCUUCAAGUGCCAAACAAGGUCAAGGGUCGUCAAGCAAUAGGCAGACGACUGACAGCCGCCAUGAUCAGGACAUUGCUAGGUCUUUAGAGCAGAGGCUUUCGGUGCAAAGGAUUGGUGACAGUGAAAAAAACAACGUGUUUUCCAGAUUAAAUCAGGUACAAAUUAAAAAUGAUGAAAAAAGUGUGUUUUCUAGGACUAAUCAUGUGCAAAAUAGACUACCGCCGGAAAUAUCCCCUAGGACUAAUAUUCCUGCUCAAAGACAUUCUCAAGCCGAGCCUCACACACAGCAUAAAGUUCAUCCUUCAAGACUCUCAGAAACAAACACGUCUCCGCAUGUGAACCACGGUUUUGUUGAUAGCGACGAUGAAAGUGGUCAGUAUCACUUAGGAGCUGCAGAGAGCAUAUUUGACUAUGCAAGUGAGUCUUCUUCCCGCUCUGUGACCCCGCCCCUUCCUCCCCUGUCCCCCGACUCAACCCCAAGGGGAGGACCAGAGCCCCUCUCUAAGUACAGUCGAUCCUACAGCGCCAGUAACGUGUCCCCACCGAAGACGCCUGACCUCCUCUCGUCCACAGCAAGGCCCGGGUCGGUCUUCGACAAGCGAGACCUCAGGGCCUCAAGUAGCCAGAUCGACAUGGCGGGCAUCAGUAGACACAGCAAGAAGACUCCCAGGGUGAACCCAACACCCAGACAACACCACAGAACAAGGACCAAUCUUACUCGAGUUCAAGCACAUAGCCUGGAGGACCUCCGAGAAUCUGGCAACGAAAGCAACUUGUCCUUCGACGUGGAGAACACGAUGUUGAUGGUGGACCCUGAGAGCGAGCAGUUCACGGACACCGACAACAUCUCCCCGAAGGACGCCCGGGCCCUCCGGCAGAAGCUGCAGGGGCUGGAGUCCGUCUACCACCAGGUCCUCCGACAGGCCGGGGCAGACAUCCCAAGGUCCUCCUUCAGGAGGAGGUGGAGUCUCGGGAGCUCCGACACCAGCUCCAUCAACAGGGGGAAGCGCUUCCGGUCCAGCGCCUCGCACAGGAACUACUCCCGGGACAUCAAGGCCAUCCAGCGACGCUUCCAGAAACUGGAAUCCCAUGUUGUAACGUUGGCGCGGAGUGUGGCGCACCUGUCGUCGGAGCUACGAAACCAGACGUCUAUGACCCACGAGAUGGAAACGGUUAAGAAGGAACUACGUGAACUUCGUCAACAGCAACAUCUUCACAGCAUCAACAACUCACCUUUCAACAACAACGUCAGCGAUUUCGAGAGGUUCCGAGGGUGGAUUCCAUCACUCACGAACCCCAAACGUGUCAACAAGCUGACCAAGUUCUUUGGUCAGGAACCUCCUCUGUUAGAAAUAUUUUUGCAGAAACUCGGCUACGACAGAUACGCCAAGAACUUUUCCAACGAACACAUCGGCAUGAUAGAGUUGCCCUACAUGACCGAGGACCGCCUGCAGAGCAUAGGGAUCCCCAUGGGGCCAAGACUCCGGAUCCUGCAGGAGGCCCAGUUGUGUUUCAGACAGGAGAACUUCAACAUUUACAUUGUGUGACGUCACCAACAUUGAGACACAUGAGACAUUAUAGUGACAUCACCUCCAGUGAGAUGCAUGAGACAUUAUAGUUGCAGGACUUUAACAUUUACAUCCUAUCACAUCACCUCCAGUGAGAUGCAUGACAUAUUAUACUGACACCACCUCCAGUGAGACACAUGAGACAUUAUAGUGACACCACCUCCAGUGAGACGCAUGUCACAUUAUAGUGACACCACCUCCAGUGAGACGCAUGUCACAUUAUAGUGACACCACCUCCAGUGAGACGCAUGUCACAUUAUAGUGACACCACCUCCUGUGAGACGCAUGAGACAUUAGUGUCACACCACCUCCAGUGUGACGCAUGAGACAUUAGUGUCACACCACCUCCAGUGAGACGCAUGAGACAUUAUAAUAACAUCACCUCCAGUGAGACGCAUGAGACAUUAGUGUCACACCAACUCCAGUGAGACGCAUGAGACAUUAGUGUUACAUCCCCUGUGAGACGCAUAGCACAUUAUAGUGACACCACCUCCAGUGAGACGCAUGAGACAUUAUAGUAACAUCACAUCCAGUGAGACGGAAGAGACAUUAUAGUUGCAGAACUUGAACAUUUACAUCGUAUGACAUCAUCUCCAGCGAGACACCUGCGACGUUACACAUGUGAGUCCACAAUUGUUCUGAAUGACCAUCUACUGGUCAAGCUAUGUGGGCACCGGAGGACCCGGAGAAACAUAUGGUCAGGGCAGUGUCAAAGGUUACACAACAGUGCCAUGCUCCUCACUGAGGAACAAUCAUUCGUCAUCGUCCAUCAUCAGACAAUUGGAACGUUUGUGAACCCGCAACCAACGGCGUUGUGAGGCUCCCAGUGUGUGUUGUGCAACCUUGACUAAAGGAUACCGUUGCUAAUCCGUGCAUCUUAUUGGGUCUGGUAACUUAAGUACAAAGCUGUUCACAUAUAAUUCAUGGAUAGCACACUCCCCAACAUAAUCUACGCUAGUGCUUAAUUGGAUAUGUGUUGAAUGAACACUGUUUACGUUGCUGGAUGUGAUGUUUAUUCAUCAACAGGGUUUUUCUUGUGAAUUUUGUGUAUACGAAAAUAACGACAUUAUUUGAAUAGUUUUGCAUAGCAUUACGUGAUAGCAAGAAGUGCUGAAACUUGACGAGGGUGUUGAAAUGUGUCACGAAUAUACAUGUCAACACAACAAAUUGAGUCCCUGGUGAUAUAUAUCCCUGCUCAAGUGAUAUAUCGGGAGAUACUUUUGUUUUUAUACGAUUACGUCAUGCGCUGCAACGUUCUCGAUUAUCCAGCUUAUCAGAAACACUAUUCUACAAUAGACCACAGGCCAUCUCUGGAUAAUGGAGGGUUGUCGUCAAUUUUGGUGCAAAUUCAUAUUGUUUUCGUACUGGAUUAUUAGAAGCUGACAAUCACCUGUAUCGAUUGAAAGGGCAAGAGCAGCAGAACUACUGCCGGGUAGCAUCGGCUA